UGAGUGAAGUAUCAGGCUCCUCGGAGAGGCCCCGCUGUCCUGCCCGCCGCCCAUGAGCUCUUUCUCCCGCGAGCUGCGCCGUCGUUAGGCCGGCCCCGUAGCCCCUGCUUCCCCCGGGAUAGGUCCUCGCCUCGCCGGGGAGGGGGCAACCCGUCGAGGCCCCUCCCUGUUUAGCGUCGGCGUCGCUCUGCGACCCUGGAAGCGGGAGCCGCUGCAAGCGAGAGGAGGAGCCCCAGCAGCAGCGGCGGGCAGUAGCUCCGGCAGCGCCAGCGGGCGGGAUCGCGGCCGUCAACAUGGCGAGCGCCUCGUACCACAUCUCCAAUUUGCUGGAGAAAAUGACAUCCAGCGACAAGGACUUCAGGUUUAUGGCUACAAAUGAUUUGAUGACAGAAUUGCAGAAAGAUUCCAUCAAGUUGGAUGAUGAUAGUGAAAGGAAAGUGGUGAAAAUGAUUUUGAAACUAUUGGAAGAUAAAAAUGGAGAGGUCCAGAAUUUAGCUGUCAAGUGUCUUGGCCCUCUCGUGAGUAAAGUGAAGGAGUACCAAGUAGAAACAAUUGUAGAUACCUUGUGCACUAACAUGCUCUCUGAUAAAGAACAGCUUCGGGAUAUUUCGAGUAUUGGCCUUAAAACAGUCAUUGGAGAACUUCCUCCAGCUUCCAGUGGCUCUGCAUUAGCUGCUAAUGUAUGUAAAAAGAUUACUGGACGUCUUACCAGUGCAAUAGCCAAGCAGGAAGAUGUUUCUGUUCAGCUGGAAGCCUUGGAUAUUAUGGCUGAUAUGUUGAGCAGGCAAGGAGGACUUCUUGUUAAUUUCCAUCCUUCAAUUUUGACCUGUCUACUCCCCCAGUUGACCAGUCCGCGACUUGCAGUGAGGAAAAGAACCAUUAUUGCUCUUGGCCACCUAGUUAUGAGCUGUGGAAAUAUAGUUUUUGUAGAUCUCAUUGAACAUCUAUUGUCAGAGCUGUCCAAAAAUGAUUCCAUGUCAACAACAAGAACCUACAUUCAAUGUAUAGCUGCUAUUAGUAGGCAAGCCGGUCAUAGAAUAGGUGAAUACCUUGAGAAGAUAAUUCCUUUGGUGGUAAAAUUUUGUAAUGUAGAUGAUGAUGAAUUAAGAGAGUACUGUAUUCAAGCCUUUGAAUCAUUUGUGAGAAGAUGUCCUAAGGAAGUGUAUCCUCAUGUUUCUACCAUUAUAAAUAUUUGUCUCAAAUAUCUUACCUAUGACCCAAAUUAUAAUUAUGAUGAUGAAGAUGAAGAUGAAAAUGCUAUGGAUGCUGAUGGUGGUGAGGAUGAUGACCAAGGGAGUGAUGAUGAAUACAGUGAUGAUGAUGACAUGAGUUGGAAAGUGAGACGUGCAGCUGCUAAGUGCUUGGAUGCUGUCGUUAGCACAAGACAUGAAAUGCUUCCAGAAUUCUACAAGACCGUUUCUCCAGCAUUAAUAUCCAGAUUUAAAGAGCGGGAAGAGAACGUAAAGGCAGAUGUUUUCCAUGCAUACCUUUCCCUUUUAAAGCAAACUCGUCCUGUGCAAAGCUGGCUUUGUGACCCUGAUGCCAUGGAACAAGGAGAGACACCUUUGACAAUGCUUCAGAGUCAGGUUCCUAACAUUGUUAAAGCUCUUCACAAGCAGAUGAAAGAAAAAAGUGUGAAGACCCGACAGUGCUGUUUUAACAUGUUAACCGAACUGGUAAAUGUAUUGCCUGGGGCUCUAACGCAACACAUUCCUGUACUUGUACCAGGAAUCAUUUUCUCAUUGAAUGAUAAAUCAAGCUCAUCGAACUUGAAGAUCGAUGCUUUGUCCUGCCUGCAUGUAGUUCUCUGUAACCACGCCCCUCAAGUCUUCCACCCUCACGUUCCGGCUGUGGUCCCUCCGGUGGUGGCUUGCGUUGGAGACCCAUUUUACAAGAUUACAUCAGAAGCACUUCUUGUUACACAACAGCUUGUCAAAGUCAUCCGUCCUUUAGAUCAGCCUUCCUCCUUUGAAGCAACUCCUUACAUCAAAGAUUUAUUUACCUGUACCAUUAAGAGGUUAAAAGCAGCUGACAUUGAUCAGGAGGUCAAGGAAAGGGCUAUUUCCUGUAUGGGACAAAUUAUUUGCAACCUAGGAGACAAUUUGGGUUCUGACUUGCCUAACACACUUCAGAUUUUCUUGGAGAGACUAAAGAAUGAGAUUACCCGAUUAACUACAGUAAAAGCAUUGACUCUGAUUGCUGGCUCACCUUUGAAGAUAGAUUUGAGGCCUGUCUUGGGAGAAGGGGUUCCUAUCCUUGCUUCAUUUCUCAGGAAAAACCAGAGAGCUUUGAAACUGGGUACCCUUUCUGCCCUUGAUAUUCUCAUUAAAAACUACAGCGACAGCUUGACAGCUGCCAUGAUUGAUGCGGUUCUAGAUGAGCUCCCACCCCUUAUCAGUGAAAGUGAUAUGCAUGUUUCUCAGAUGGCUAUCAGUUUUCUUACCACCUUGGCAAAAGUGUAUCCCUCUUCCCUUUCAAAGAUAAGUGGAUCCAUUCUCAAUGAACUCAUUGGACUCGUGAGAUCACCCUUGUUGCAGGGAGGAGCUCUUAGUGCCAUGCUAGACUUUUUCCAAGCUCUGGUUGUCACUGGGACAAAUAACCUAGGCUACAUGGAUUUGCUGCGCAUGCUGACAGGUCCAGUUUACUCUCAGAGUACAGCUCUUACUCACAAGCAGUCGUAUUAUUCCAUUGCCAAAUGUGUAGCUGCCCUUACUCGAGCUUGUCCUAAAGAGGGGCCAGCUGUAGUAGGUCAGUUUAUUCAAGAUGUCAAGAACUCGAGGUCUACGGAUUCCAUUCGUCUUUUAGCUCUGCUCUCUCUGGGAGAAGUUGGACAUCAUAUUGACUUAAGUGGGCAACUGGAACUGAAAUCUGUAAUCUUAGAAGCUUUCUCAUCUCCUAGUGAAGAAGUUAAAUCGGCUGCAUCCUAUGCAUUAGGCAGCAUUAGUGUGGGCAACCUUCCUGAGUAUCUGCCAUUUGUCUUACAAGAAAUAACCAGUCAACCUAAGAGGCAGUAUCUUUUGCUUCAUUCAUUGAAGGAGAUCAUUAGCUCUGCAUCAGUGGUAGGCCUGAAACCCUAUGUCGAAAAUAUCUGGGCCUUACUGCUAAAGCACUGUGAAUGUGCAGAAGAAGGAACUAGAAAUGUUGUUGCUGAAUGUCUCGGCAAGCUCACUCUGAUUGAUCCAGAAACACUCCUGCCACGGCUUAAGGGUUACUUGAUAUCAGGCUCCUCGUAUGCCCGAAGCUCAGUGGUUACAGCUGUUAAAUUUACAAUUUCUGAUCAUCCACAACCUAUUGAUCCACUGUUAAAGAAUUGCAUAGGUGAUUUCCUUAAAACAUUGGAAGACCCAGAUUUGAAUGUAAGAAGAGUUGCCUUGGUGACAUUCAACUCAGCUGCCCAUAACAAACCAUCAUUAAUAAGAGAUCUUUUAGAUACCGUUCUUCCACAUCUUUACAAUGAGACAAAAGUUAGAAAGGAACUUAUAAGAGAGGUAGAAAUGGGUCCAUUUAAACACACCGUGGAUGAUGGCCUGGAUAUCAGGAAGGCCGCUUUUGAGUGUAUGUACACCCUUCUAGACAGUUGUCUUGAUAGGCUCGAUAUCUUUGAAUUUCUAAAUCAUGUUGAAGAUGGUUUGAAGGAUCAUUAUGAUAUUAAGAUGCUAACAUUUUUAAUGUUGGUAAGACUCUCUACCCUCUGUCCAAGUGCAGUACUGCAGAGGUUGGACCGACUUGUUGAGCCACUACGUGCCACAUGUACAACUAAGGUUAAGGCCAACUCGGUGAAGCAGGAGUUUGAGAAGCAAGAUGAACUAAAGCGGUCUGCCAUGAGGGCAGUAGCAGCACUGCUGACCAUUCCAGAAGCAGAGAAGAGCCCUUUGAUGAGCGAAUUCCAAUCGCAGAUCAGCUCUAACCCAGAGCUGGCGGCCAUCUUUGAAAGUAUCCAAAAAGAUUCGUCAUCCACUAAUUUGGAGUCAAUGGACACUAGUUAAAUGUUUGUUCAAUGCGGGGACCAUUACAUUGACCCUGUGAUGCACUGAAUUGACAGGUUAAUCAUAAGAGAUGGAAAGAGAAGUGUCUAAAGACUUCAAAAUGUUCCAUUUGCCCCCCUUCAUGAAGACAGUUUGGCUUUCUUCCAUUGUUGCUUUUGUAGCAUUUAUUUCAGAAACACGUAUUUCCAUAAGCCAGAGGUUGUAAAACCACUAAUGUUUUAGUGGUUUAGGACAUUUUAAAUGGAAACUAAAAGUUAAGAUUUAUGGACUAUGGAGAUAAGGUCCACUCUCUAUUUACCCUGUAACAAACAUUUAGGAUUAAAAUGUUGAAAUUUUGUGA